UGGACGCGACGCUCUGCGUUUCUUCAACGCGCACGCACCAUUGUCCAUGGUCCACAAUGGCAAAACUACGUGCGCGCUCCUGCUGUGUAGCGACAAGAUGGCGGUCGCCGCCGGAUUAGGUAAAUGCGUUAAAGUCCCUCGCAAUUUCCGGCUCCUGGAAGAGCUGGAGGAAGGCCAGAAAGGUGUGGGAGAUGGAACAGUGAGCUGGGGUCUGGAGGACGAUGAAGACAUGACCUUAACACGGUGGAGAGGGGUGAUUCUUGGCCCUCCAAGGACGAGCUAUGAAAACAGGAUGUACAAUCUGAAGGUUGAAUGUGGGCCAGAAUACCCAGAGUCACCACCGUUUGUCAGAUUUGUGACAAAGAUAAACUUGAAUGGCGUGCACACCUCCAACGGUGUGGUUGACAUGCAUGCAGUGACUGCACUGGCCAAGUGGCAGAACUCCUACAGUAUCCGGAUGGUGCUGCUGGAGCUGCGAAGGCUCAUGACCUGCAAGGAGAACAUGAAGCUUCCUCAGCCACCCGAGGGCCAGAUCUACAGCAACUGAGCCCCUGCUACUUUUGCCUCCAUAUUUUUCUCCCUUCCCUCCCCCAAUUCCCAACUCUUCUGUUUUGCUUUUCAUCCCUUUAUCCCCAUCCUCUCCGCCAUCCUCUUCAACCUCUUGCCAACACCUUGCUGUGAGCACACACAGAGCAGAGUACUUUUACAAUUAUUACUUAUUACAGAUACAUGCAAACAUACGUACACACACACACACACACACACACAAUCACAAUAACGGACAAAUGCAAAUCUACAUACACAUAUAUCUUUAUACACACACUUAUUAGCGUUCAUGAGUCAUUCCAGGCCCUCCCCUCCCUCUCCCAUCACUGGAGCUCUGGGUGGACUCAAUGUGACAAGUCCUCAGUCCACACCAGAUACGAUCAUUCGAAUACUGUACUGUUACUAAUCUUUUUUUUUUUAUUAUUUGUUUAAAAAAAAAAAAAUGCAGAUUGUACAAUAACAUAAAUAAUCUUAUUGAGUGUACCUCCUCUGUGUGUUGCCUUUUUGUAACAUUAAAAAACGGCCACUUAACAUUAACGCACAUAGUUCACUAAACAUACUGUUAGUUAUUAGAUAAUCUUCAAGGUGUACAAAUAAAGAAAACCCAAAUGCAUUCAACUUGGCAAAUAAUGUGAAGUAUGUAUUGUCAUGUGGCCAGAUGUCUAAUGAAAUAUUUUCCUCCGUGUGUGAUUGCACAGAAUAAAUGUUCUCACGCAGUCCUGUUGUAAAUGCAUGACUGCAGCUCAGCAAGGUGCCUGGAAGUGAUCACCUUUUGUCACACAUGGCUUUUUUUUUUUCUUCUAUGUAAGAAUUGUCCAAAGUGAACAUUGUGUAUCUAUACCACUAUAUCUGAUUAUAAUAUGCAUAGUAGCAUAGUAUACAAGUCUACUGUAGGUCUGCAGAAGUCCCAGUUUUAAACCGUGCUUGACAAUAUAGAAGUGAAAUCAGCUACCUCUUUUGGUCCUGUGUAACGUCAGAGGAGUUCAUCUGACUUGUGAAACUGUAUUUGCUACUCCAUGUGAAAAUUUGUUUAACUUUCGCCACUUCUUUCAUAAAACUUAAUUCAUGCUUUUCA